AUGAGUGCUCAGGGAACGUUGUUUGCGUGGCACAUCGCCGGAGGCUCGCCCGUCUUCGCAUCGAGCGCAGGCCUGGGCACGGCGAUCUUCGUUCGUCGUGUCGGCUGGGGCCGGGCAGCUGCAAAGUGCACGGAGGGGUCGCAUCUCCUCGCAGACGUUGAGAUGUACAUUGCGGAGAGGUCGGCGCGAGACGACUCGGAGCGUAGAAUGCGGGCGAUGUUUGAAGAGGGUGCGCAACUGGCGCGCGAAGGGAGGGGCGACGAUGGUGGUGGGAACAGCAGGCUGUUUUGGACGAGGCGGAGGGUGGCGGACGAGGCACGGAGGCGAUGCACUUGGCGCAUCGCUGGAGCAGGCUGUCUAUCGCCGUCGGAGGCGCGAUGUUUGAACGCGCGGCCGGCCGACCGCGCGGACGCAUUUGCGCGUCGUGUGUGCCACGUCACGAGCGCGUCGCUUGUCGACGCACUCGCAGGGUGUAUUAAGGAGCGGUGGGAGUGCCCGCAGGUGCGAGGGAGGCGGUGUCAGGAAGGAGAGAGAGGGGCCUUACAGGUGGCGCAUGUGGCGACGCGCAAUCUGUAUCUUGCUGCGGGUGAGCGUGUGACGGCGGCCUCGGGACGCUGUCGACGUCGCGGGUGGGUCAUAGUGAACGUUCGACCCAUUGAGCAUAACGGAUGGGAGGAGAACUCACAGGCACAUACAUUAUCGGACAGUAUGAGACAGGAUGUGAUGGGUCAGGCUCAUUCAGGAACUGACAGGAUCGUACAGGAUAGUAUGGAAAGCGGCAACCCGUACUGUCCUGUACGGUCCUUCCGGAUCUGGGCUGGACGCAUAGUACUAGUAGUCGCUCCGGCGGGGGCUCUCGAAAGUCAAGUCGAACUCCGAGUCGAGUUCUCACUGCUAGUACGUAACAAGCCAGGCCAGAUUAGGCCAGAUUGGACGCGUAAUUUGAACACAGCCAGCGAGACACCGCCGAUGCAAUCGCAUUUGUAUGAAGGGCUUUAUCGGACAAAAAUCGAGGGGCCUAGUAACGUACCUAUGCGUCCAGCCCAGAUCCGGAAGGACCGUACAGGACAGUACGGGCUAGUACGGGAUCACUCAAGAUCGGUCGGGAUCUGGCAAGAUCCCGACCGAUCUUGA